UUAAGAAAAAAAGGAAAAACAAAAAAAAGAGAAAAGAAAAAAAAGCUUUUUGCUCUCCAUGGCUUUGCCUUUUGUUGCCGUGAGAUUGAUUCUGGUAUCUGUUUUCCUCUUCAUCGUGUCCCUUGAAAAUUCAGAUGUGGUCUGUGCUCAAACAAUGAGAUUGACGGAGGAGACAGAUAAACAAGCAUUGCUCGAGUUCAAGUCUCAACUCUCUGAAACAAGUAGAGCUGUGUUAGACUCGUGGAACAACACUCUGCCUCUCUGUAGGUGGACUGGAGUUAAGUGCGGCGCCAAACACAAAAGAGUGACCGGUUUGAACCUUGGAGGGCUGAAACUUACCGGUAUUGUCUCUUCCUUUGUGGGUAACCUCUCAUUUCUUAGAUCAUUGAAUCUUUCUAGCAACUAUUUCCGUGGUGCCAUCCCUUUAGAGGUUGGAAACUUGUCCAGGCUUCGAUAUUUGAACAUGAGCGAUAAUCUUCUUGGAGGGGCGAUUCCGGUUGUUCUCUCUAAUUGCUCUAGCCUUUCAAUCCUUGAUUUAUCAAGAAAUGAUCUUGAACAAGGCGUGCCUUCUGAGUUGGGUUUGCUUUCUAAGCUUGUCAUUCUAUCUUUUAUAAAAAACAAUCUAACAGGGAAGUUCCCUGCUUUGUUUGGAAACCUGACAUCACUCAAGAAGCUCGACUUUUAUGAUAACCAAAUGGAAGGAGAGAUCCCUGGGAGUAUAGCCCGACUGAAGCAGAUGUACUUUUUCCGAAUAGCAGUAAACAAGUUCACAGGUGUUUUCCCUCUUCCAAUUUACAACCUGUCCUCGUUAACCACGCUGUCCAUAGUCGGCAACAGUUUCUCAGGCACCCUUAGACCUGACUUUGGUUCUCUUCUCCCUAACCUUCAAAUACUAUAUAUGGAUAUAAAUAAUUUCACGGGUACCAUUCCAGAGACACUUUCCAAUAUCUCAACUCUUACACAUCUUGAUAUUUCAACUAACCAUCUUACUGGAAAUAUACCAUCGAGUUUCGGGAAACUUCGGAAUUUAUUAUGGUUAAGCCUUUUCAAAAACUCUCUGGGAAACUACUCUUCUGAUGGUCUUGAUUUUCUUGGGGCAUUGGCUAACUGCACUCAGUUGCAGCACCUAGACGUUGGCAUCAACAAUCUCGGAGGUCAGUUACCUGUCUCUAUAGCCAAUCUCUCCACUCAACUAACUGAGCUCUCCCUUGACGAAAAUCUCAUCUCUGGAAGUAUUCCUCAUGGCAUACGGAAUCUCAUAAACCUUCAAAUAUUAGACUUGAAUGGAAAUCUGUUGACAGGCAAACUUCCUCCCUCGUUGGGAGACCUUUCUGAGUUGCGAAAAAUAUAUCUCUAUUCAAAUGGAUUGUCUGGAGAGAUACCAUCUUCCUUGGGCAAUAUCACUAGGCUAAUACUCCUCUAUUUGCACAAGAACAGUUUUGAAGGAAGCAUCCCUUCAAGUCUUGGAAAUUGUAGGGACCUUCUACACCUAUACCUCCAUAAUAAUAAGUUAAAUGGCAGCAUACCCCAUGAGAUUAUGGAAAUUCCAUCUCUUGUCAUUUUAAGUGUCGCAUUUAAUUCGUUGGUUGGUCCUUUGGGAGAAGACGUUGGAAAGCUUAUAUUUCUAACUGGUCUCUACGUUGGUUACAAUAAACUAUCAGGACCGAUUCCACGGACCUUGGCGAACUGUCUCUCACUAGAAUUUCUUGGGCUGCAAGGAAAUUCAUUUGUUGGGCCCAUCCCGGAUGUAAGAGGGUUGACUGGCCUCAGGUUCCUAGAUCUGUCUAAGAACAAUCUCUCAGGUCCGAUACCGGAAUACAUGGUGAAAUUUUCCAAGCUGGAGUAUCUGAAUCUCUCUAUGAACAACUUCGAAGGAGCUGUGCCAACAGAAGGGAUAUUUCGCAAUACCAGUGCAAUGUCGAUCAUUGGUAACAUAAACCUCUGUGGAGGCAUCGCGUCAUUACGGCUUUUGCCAUGUUCAAUAGAAACAUCAAGAAAGCAUUCAUCAGUCCGAAAGAUAGUGGUUAUCUGUGUCAGUGCAGGUAUUGCAGCACUUUUGCUGUUAUUUCUGUCUUUGGUUUUUCUAUGCCGGUACAAAGAGAAUGAAGAGUAUAAGAGUGAUCAGCCAAUGAAGACGUUUUAUGAGAAGAUAAGUUAUAAUGAGCUCUACAGAACAACUGGUGGCUUCUCUUCCAGCAAUUUGAUUGGAUCAGGUAACUUUGGGGCUGUAUUUAAAGGAUUUCUUGGUUCCGAAAACAAGGCUGUUGCCAUUAAAGUUUUAAAUCUCGGCAAACGUGGAGCUGCAGAAAGCUUCAUAGCAGAAUGUGAAGCAUUAGGAGGCAUAAGGCAUCGCAACCUUGUGAAGUUGGUUACUGUCUGUUCUAGUGCUGAUUAUGAAGGAAAUGAUUUUAGAGCUCUAGUUUACGAGUUCAUGCCAAAUGGAAGCUUGGACACGUGGUUGCAUCCAGAGGAAGUCGAAGAGAUUCACAGACCCUCAAGAACCCUUACUCUUUUGGAAAGACUCAACAUUACCAUAGACGUGGCUUCUGUUUUGGAAUAUUUUCAUGUUCACUGUCAUGUCGAUCUCAAACCAAGCAACGUCCUUCUAGACGAUGAUUUUACUGCCCAUGUUAGCGACUUUGGUCUGGCUCAGCUCCUCCUAAAAUUCGACCAGGACUCCUUCCUUAACCAACUCAGCUCUGUCGUAAGAGGAACCAUCGGGUAUGCAGCACCAGAAUAUGGAAUGGGAGGACAGCCAUCAAUACAUGGUGAUGUGUAUAGCUUCGGUGUUCUCUUAUUGGAAAUGUUCACUGGAAAAAGACCAACGAAUGAGUUAUUUGGGGGAGACUUUACAUUACACAACUACACCAAGUUGGCACUACCAGAGCGAGUAUUGGACAUUGCAGAUGAAUCGAUUCUUCACAGUGGUGGUCUCAGAGUUGGUUUCCCUCUUUCUGAGUGCUUGACACUGGUUUUGGAUGUUGGACUCAGGUGUUGUGAUGAAUCUCCGACGAACCGAUUGGCAACGAGUGAAGUCGCCAAAGAGUUGAUCUCAAUCAGAGAGAGGUUCUUUAAAACCAGAAGAAUAGCCAGACGUUGAAGUGUGUAUGGUUUUCUCUAAAAACUUUGCAACCCACUUUAAAGGCUCAAUCUGAGGCCUAUAUAAUACAGUACAAUCGUCUUUCAUAAUGAGUUGUUUUCUUUCUCUAUUAAUACAUAUACUUAUGCUUGCAGAAUAUUGUUAAAUGAAUGCUAUGUUAUCUGUAGACAAAAUCUUAAUGUUGUGUUACCAUCUCCUCAAUGUUUCCUUUUAA